ACCGUAAUGGAGCAUUAUCAUACAGGCAUAAGCUCGCGCGUGUUAGUUUAGUAACUAAUAAUACCGGUACACUGUUAGUUAGUAUUACUAUUAGCCUAUAUACUUUUUGGUGUUGGAUAGCACGACUAAGUACUGUAGUGUAAAUCAAUUUUUAAGAGUUUACCAACGAACCUGAGGUGUUCAUCGUUAAUAGCUUGUACCAAUCGACUUGACUUCAUGAGUUUUGAGGCAGCCAUUGCCCGUUAUCUUCUGAAUCCAUUACCGGUAUAAAUAACUGGCUGUCAUUUUGAGAUUCCCGGGGUUCCGAUCUACAUAGACCUUAUCAAAAAGAGGAGACAUAUCGACAUGGAGCUGCGUAGCAAAUGAGAUGAGCGCCGUGUGGAUGCGGAUUCGGGAGAAUACCAAUCUCUGUAAUAACGCUCUUUGUUCUUUUUUAAUACGACAAGCACGCAGUGUGGUCUGCAACUAAGUUAGUCUGCAACGAUAAACAAAUUAAGUUACUGCAGAAACAAAACCGGAUGAAUGAAUUUUUGGCCAUUGAUUACAAGUGGUAGAUGAAUCGUAUCAGCGCUAUCAUAUUCAAUAUCAUGAGAGCUUGUUUUCAUCACCGAAUCAGCGUAUAGUGUAGAUCAAAAUGCCGCAUUAUAUUGAUCGAAUCGCUGUAGCCAUUCUUCGCCCACUCCGUCGGCUUCGUUUUAACGAGGUAGCGCUAAUCGCUCCUUGGUGGAAGUCCAUCGCUGUAUCUCGAUCUCAUCAUCAAAGACUUUGCUGUUAUUUCAAACGGACUUACACGGUAUCCAGGCAGCAUAUUUUACACAAACUGAAAAAUAUAAGUGCUGACAACUUCCAAGAUAACAAAUAUGCGUCUUCUCUUUCUUCAUGUCUUGAAAAUCAAAGAACGAUUUUUGCCUUAGCUAGUGGACAUGGAAAAUGUGGAGUAGCAGUUGUGAGAGUUUCUGGUCCUCAAGCGAAUGUGGUUCUUGAGAGAAUGAUUCCCGGAAAGAGAGCUGUUGGAGUCAGACAAGCAGUUUUCUCUCCCAUUCAUGAUCCCACAACAAAUGAAUUAAUUGAUCAUGGGUUGAUAAUAUGGUUUACUGGUCCAAAUAGUUUUACAGGAGAAGAUGUCUGUGAGCUACAGGUUCAUGGAGGACCUGCGGUAAUUGCUGCUCUCUAUGCUGCGCUUAGAAAGCUUGAGGGAUUUUAUCUCGCAGAACCUGGGGAGUUUUCAAAGAGAGCAUUUUACAAUGGUAAGCUUGACCUGACUGAAGUUGAAGGCCUUGGUGAUUUGAUUCAGGCUGAGACCGAAGCCCAGAGACAACAAGCUGUACGUCAGAUGUCUGGAUUCCUUAGUCAACUCUAUGAAGGAUGGAGAGCCAGGCUCAUUAGGACAGUCGCACACGUUGAGGCAUUCAUUGACUUCAGUGAGGAUGAAAAUAUUGAGGAAGGAGUUUUAGAUAGAGCAAGGGAGGAAGUCAGGCAGCUAUUGAAUGAAGUUAGACGGCAUCUACAUGAUGGCAGGAAAGGUGAAAGGUUACGGAGCGGAGUUCACGUCACCAUAGCUGGCCAACCCAAUGUUGGGAAGAGUACACUACUGAAUACUCUAUGUCAGCGUCCUGCUGCUAUUGUGUCCCCCAUUGCUGGAACCACCAGGGAUGUGGUGGAAUCGGCUCUUAACAUCGGUGGGUAUCCAGUCUUACUCAGUGACACGGCGGGGAUACGGGAAAGUCUUGAUGAGAUUGAGAUGGAAGGAGUCCGAAGGGCAAGGGAGAGAACAAACCUUUCUGACCUUGUCAUCUAUAUGCUUGAUGCCACAACACUCUGCGUUGAUACAUCCCCUGAGGACAUCCUACAACAGGUUGAUUCUUUUGUUGAAGAAUCCAAACUAUGGCAGAAUACUGAUCAGGAUGUGUGUGACAGCUCUAAUAGGGAUGUGAUAGCAAUAGUCAAUAAAGUGGACUUACUGGAUGAGAGGUCAAAGACACUGCUUCAUUCUGUCACUGAGGAUGUCUCAAUGCGGCAGAGCAAUGGAGAGAGUGCAAGGCUGGUUGUCGUGCCUCUGUCCUGUAAAACCGAGGAAGGGAUGGAUAGAUUCAUGCACUUACUCCAAGAAAAGUUAAAGGAGAUGUGCAGCAAUCCUACAUCCUCAGACCCAUACCUAACACAGGAGCGCCAUCGCAACCAUCUCAUGGAGAGCGCCCUCUCUCUGGAAUCAUUUGAAAGGCGAGAUGAUCUCGUAAUGGCUGCGGAGGAGUUGAGGAUCGCCCUACGGCAUCUUGGGAAGAUAACUGGUCAUGUGACUACCGAAGAGGUGCUGGAUGUCAUUUUCAAAGAUUUCUGUAUUGGAAAAUGAUUUUUUUUUAAAUGCAUUUGCAAUCUCACAGCCAUAGGCUAUCAGCUCUUUGAAUUUACAUUAUAUGUAAAACAAAUAAAUAUUAAAAAAAACAUUAAAAAGAUCUUUGGGGGAGCUUAUGACACCGACUCCCCGUGACUUGUUAGGCAUAAAAAUAGCGCAGUAUAUUUUGUAGGGUUUAAGAAUUGUACCUACAUAAAAUAGGCUUUCCAAAUGGUGCUUCAUUUUGUAUUAUUUAUCUAUUUAACACAUGAGCAAUAUGAAUGAAUUUGUGUACACAAUUAUUAAAAAAGAAUACAAUUCCAGUA